GGUUGACGGAAGUGAUGUUGUUAAUCCGUUUAGGUGAUGAUGCACAAAAAUGUCUCGGGCUUCUGCAGAACCGACGCAACGAUGAACAGGUAGAAGUCCAGCGGGAUUUUGGCGAAUCUCUGAGUCCGCAGAGAGAUGGACCCGACCGGGAAGAGCGACGGGGACUGGCCGGGGCUGCUGAACGAGUUCAUAGUUUGCAAGCAAAAGCUGGAGAGUAAGAAGGAAGCUCUGUUGAUUCUGUCCAAAGAGCUGGACACCUGUCAGCAGGAGAGGGAUCAGUACAAGCUGAUGGCCAACCAGCUGCGGGAACGGCACCAGGCACUCAAGAAGAAGUACAGAGAACUCAUUGAUGGAGAUCUGUCUCUUCCCCCCGAGAAAAGGAAUCAAGUAAACCUAGCUCAGCUGUUGAGAGACUCCAGAGAAAAGAGUGGGCAGCUUUCUGAGGAGGUGAAGGAGCUCAAGCAGCGACUGGCAGAAGCUCUGGGGGACAAUAAGCUUCUGAGAAUGACCAUCACCAAACAGAGGCUGGGGGACGAGGAGAUCGGCACUCGCCACUUUCCUGCACACGAAAGAGAAGGUCUGGUUAAACAGCUGGAACGAGCCAGAGAGGAGAAUGAGGUUCUGGAGCACAGCGUGAAGUCGCUCACAGAUGAGCUGCAGGACGUUCGAGCCGAGCGGGACGUGUUUCAGCAGAAAGCUCACCGGCUCAACAUGGAAAUGAACCACAUAAUGGGAAACAGCGAUGUGCGGAUCCUGGACAUAGAUGCACUCUGCAUGGAGAACAGAUAUUUGCACGAGAGGAUUAAUCAGUUUCAAGAAGAGGUCAACCUGCUCAAAGCAAACCUAACGAAGUACAAGAGCGCAUUGGAGAGCAGGAAGAUUUCAAAAAUCAAUGGCAGGCCAAACAGCAGUGCUUUAACUGGAGUGCUUUCAGCUAAACAGGUGAAGGAACUGUUACUGUCUGAGGAAAACGGCUGCAGCUUGCCGGUGACUCCUCAGUCCAUCUCCGACCUAAAGUCUCUGGCCACAGCUCUCCUGGAAACGAUACACGAGAAGAACAUGGUGAUCCAGCACCAGCGCCAGAUAAACAAGGUUCUUGGAAACCGAGUUGCAGAGUUGGAGAUGAAACUGAAAACAAUAGAAAUUUCUGGGCUUUGGAGACUUCCAGGCCUGUCUUAUAAUGUGUCUUUAGGAGUAUGUGAAAGAGGAAGAGAUGGCUCCUCCGUGAACUCUGGGAGAGUUGAAUCAUGUGUUUCUCCUGGACAUAAAGGUGAUGAAGUUUGUAACGAUGAGCCCGCCUCGCAGCACAGCUCUGAAGCUCUGGAGGAUGUCUGUGAAACUGAAGCUGAGUCAGCUUUUCAGGCUAGCACACAACCCGUGACCAGGACCGAAGUAUCACGCCAGAGAGCUUCGCAGUCGUCACCUGAAGAAGAAGCAACUGCUCCCCCGUGUGACGUGCCACAAGGUGAAGACCGUCAUGAAAAUGACCCAUCGCGAGAAAAAACUGAUUUGAUGGUUUCAGCAACAAAAACAGAACGUCAAAGUGAUUCGAGCGGGAGCGAGUCCCAUCUACCACCAGAUACCAGACCACUGUCAGAGGACUCGGAACCAGUGGGAGUGGGGCAUGCAGAUCCCACAGGAGCAGAGGAAACUGUGGAGUCUUUAAUAACAAACGAAAACAUUUCUGUUGUUUCUGAAGAGCAGGAGGACAUCAGUUAGAACAGAUGUUCAUUCUAGUUGAUCAGGUGGCACAAAAGUCUUCCAGGAGCUGGUUUUCUGUCUUAUAUUGUGAAACACAACACUACAAAUACUUUUGAAAAUAGUUUAAAAGUUAUUUCUGCUCUAUCAUGCAGUGUCAGCUAAAACUUAAUUUGUUGUACAACA